GCUUGUUUUCCGCGGAUAGCAUGGUUGGCUCUUAUGCGCCUUGGUGGAUAACUCGUAUACCCACAAAAGACGGCAACAAAUUAAACUGCCCAGGCUGCUUUGUUUUACACCUUGGCGAUUUGUGGUGGCGUGGAAAAGACAUGUGCCUUGUCACCUUUUCUACGAACCCUUUUCCGUACUCACUUCCCACUUCCCACUUCCUCUCUCAUCUUACUUUCUCACAAUCUUCUUCCCCCCCUAACUGAUUCCGCCCUCAUUUAGAAUCAGUAUGGCUAUUCUAUCUCGUUGGCUGCAGCUUGUCACCUGGGCAUGUGCUCUGUCUUGCAGCACGGUCGCUACGGCUGCCUCUGACGAUCUGCCCGACUUUGAUGAUCUAUCGACUGGCAUCACGGAACUCCAUCAAGUCUUUCCUCGCAACGAGACGUACGCACCUUCACCCCUGUUUCCAGUCAUGUUCGCAUUCCAGAACCCGACCAUCGCCUAUUCAUUGACACCGUCUCUUUCGGUCACCUUGUUGAAAUGGAAUCAGAGCAUCAGUGACUGGGAUGUGAAUGAUACGACCAAUUUUCACUUGGGAGAAAUGGCCAACGCCUCUGAUAGCGAGCCUUUCUUUGUUCAUCAUGUCUUUGGUGGAAACUUCGACACAGAGGCGUAUUGGUCUCUCGGCUGGAGUCUCACGUGGAUUAACUGCACCGAAGGGGAGGGCCGAUAUAUAUACCCUUAUUCUGGAAAUUUCCACCACUAUGUACGGUUUACGACCGAGGAAGGUGGCCGAGAGCCUGAUUUGGUUGCUUCUUCAGAUGAUUCCCAAUGCUCCGACUUCCCGAGCGUUACUUUGAAUAUCACCGAAAUUGGCGAACCAUACCCUCAAAGCUACCCAGGCCAGUGGUGUGCCUACUUCUCGUCAGUCAAGCCAGACCCGAAGCCCUGCGAGGUACAGGUCAGCUCGGAACUUCAGGAGAGUAUCCUUGCUUCCGCCACCAACGUCUUCUGUCGGGGAUUGGAGGACGUGGAUUGCCCGUCCGACGAAGACGACGAAGAGGGCCAUGGCGAGACCAUGCGUGGAAGCCUGGCCGCCACUGUCGCGGCUUGCUUUGUAUCUGUCGCAGUUGGGAUGAGCCUACUCAUAGUGUAGAUACAAGCAAUCACAACCUAGGCGUUCACUUGCAUAGUCCUGUGUCUGCCCAUCCUUUCCGUAGAGUCUUUAGAGUCUUGUGUGGUACGUUUCGGCGUAUAUCAUAACCAAUCGGCCCUUGAAUCCGUCCCCAAUCUCGUAAUCUUCUAUGACCUUCAGGUCUUUCCCCCUACAUGCUACCUUAGUGACUUCAAGAGCUUGCCACAAAGAGUCCUAGACCUGUUGAAUCGAGCUUGUUUCUUCAGCCGACUUCCCAGAGCAUCAAAAGGGGUGGGGGAAGGGGGAAGAAGGGGCUUUUCGUUAGAGUCAGCUGUCACUCCAGGCUGGUGUUUUAAUUUGUGA